AGUCCAUACAAUAAUCAGUACUAUAGCACGACAUUGCUCAACAAUUUAAAAAAAAUUAUGAUUUCUCGGUAUCAGAUAUUUCUAGGAUUUGUUCUCGUAAUGCAGACUAUGUUGUUAACUGGAUUGGUUUUAUAUAGCAGUUUGCCCAAUAUGGUUAUAAGGGCAGUAAAUAAUGUCACCCAUGGAGAUCAUAAUAUGGGAUAUAAAGAACAAAGUCACGUUGAAGACACACAUAAAACUAUUAAUGAGGCUAUUAACAACAUUAAGGACACCUCUAAGCAUAUAAUUAGUAUCAACAAGACUAUGAUAAAGAAUCUAAGAGAACUGGAAUUGCAUUUGAUUAAUAUACAGUCAAUGAAACAUCGAAAUUUGAAUCGUAAGUUUCUUACCAUUUUUACAACAUUUUCAGAAAGGGAACCUUCUCGUUUCCCAAUCCAGAACAAUACAAUAUGUAACUAUAACAACUUUCCAAAAAAUACAACAAAUAUAGCUAUCUUUUCAAGUAAGCACUUUAAACUACCAGUAAAAGAUGGAGCUUGCAUCUCUGGAAAUAAACCUGUAUUUAAUUCAAACUGGAGAAUCAUUGAAUUGAUGGCAAAUAUGACAGCAGGAAGCAGACCUGUUCUUCGUCAAAUGUUCCUUGAGUCCCAGAGACGUUUCAACACAGACCUUUACAUGUAUUCCAAUGGAGAUAUCCUGUUCCACAUAGGAAAACUAAUCACAUCCCUACAAGCAAUUCAAAACUUCACAAAACUUCACAAAAUCGAAAGUUAUAUAGUAUUUGGACUGAGACUUGAGGCCAACUUUUCUAAGCAAGAUAAACAUAUCAAAUCUGGCUCAGAGGAGGAGAUUACCCAGCAUUCUAUAGGUGCAAAAAUGGGUAAGGAUAAUGCCCAGGAUUAUUUCAUCACAAGCAGGACUAGUUUCCCUUGGUGCUCAGUACCAGAUUUUGUGGUCAGUUUGCCUGCAUAUGACAACUGGUUGCUAAUGUAUAGCAACAAGGCUCGGAUAGCAACAUUUGAUAUUACAGAAACAACUCUAGCUUUGCACCAAGCUGGACCAAAGAAACUCAAAGAUAAAAUCUAUUUGAAUGCCGACAAAAAUAAUAACAUGUUGUGGAAGGAGUCUGUUAUAUCACAUAAGGGUGCAACUGUGAAAUGCUGUAAAUGGAAGACAGUAUACAAGGACAAUAAGAUUGAUAUAGUGAAGAACCCAAAAUUCAAUAAAGAAUGUAUUGCACAUUUAAAAAUUCCAGUGAUAAACAUAUUGGAUGAGACAAAAGCAAAAUGAUCGCAAAUAUAUAUAUGUGCAAACAACAAAUUAAGUCAAUCUUGUGCAUUGUCACCACCAAAUGUCACCACCUGCCAUUUGUUACAGACCACAAACCGCCAAACACCAUCCACAACUAAGUUAAGACUAUAACAAUAUAUCACCACUUGUGACUUAAAAACUGUCUGAAGAGUGCAAUAGAACUAUCCUGAAAAUAUUAUGGUCAUUUGACCAAUUUGCAUCUCUCUCAACUCAUGUUAGCUUGGGGCCAAGAAAGGGUCUCAGAAUGCUGAUUUGGCAUUUACCCUCUAGAAAGGAAUUUUUCAUGAUGUUGUAGAAUUACC